AUGGCCUUGAGGAACCACAGCACCAUCACUGAGUUCGUCCUCCUUGGACUAUCUGCUGACCCCAUGACCCAGGCUCUGCUCUUUGUGCUCUUCCUGGGGAUUUACCUCCUGACUGUGAUGGGAAACCUGAUGAUGAUACUGGUGAUCAGGAUGGAUUCUCACCUCCACACACCCAUGUAUUUCUUCUUAAGUCACCUCUCUUUUGUUGAUCUCUGCUUCUCUUCAGUCACUGUACCAAAGAUGUUAGAGAACCUGCAGUCUCAGAAGAAAACCAUCUCAGUUAAAGGCUGUCUAACUCAGAUAUUUUUUGUGAUUAUUACCGGAGGUACUGAAGUCUGUCUGCUUUCAGUGAUGGCCUAUGAUCGCUAUGCUGCCAUUUGUCACCCUCUGCUCUAUGGACAGAUGAUGACUAAACAUAGGUGUGUGCAGCUUCUGUGUGGCUCAUGGAUCAUUGGAUUUCUGGAUGCACUCAUCAAUGUCCUUCUAGCAAUGAAAAUAGACUUCUGUCAUGCCUACAUCAUCCCACACUAUAGCUGUGAGUUGCCGUCUAUCUUCCUUUUGUCUUGCUCUGAUAUCUCCAGUAACUUAAUUGUUAUGUUCUGCUUUUUCAUCCUACAUGGACUUGCAACGUCACUUUCUGUUCUUUUUUCCUAUGUCUGUAUCAUCUUCACCAUCCUUAACAUCAGCUCCUCCUCUGGCAGGAGCAAGGCUUUCUCCACCUGUUCCUCCCAUCUCACUGCAGUGGUCUUCUUCUAUGGGUCAGCAUUUCUCCGCUAUUUCUUGCCAACCUCAGGUUCGCCUCUUGAGUUGAUCUUCUCUGUGCAGUAUGGUGUGAUCACUCCCAUGCUAAAUCCCCUCAUCUACAGCCUGAAGAACAAGGAGGUGAAGAUGGCUGUAAGUAGGACACUAGAAAAUUAUUUAUGUUUUCAAUGUUAG